AAAAACUAUGUUGAUAUUUUUUUAUGAUGGAAUUUUAUGAUGCGACAAAAUCGAAACGGAAAAUACUGUUAUAAAUUAAAAAUAUGUAUAAUGUGCAGAUAUAGCCUCAAGCAAUUUAGUCGGAAAUAUAAAUGCAAUGGUGGGAGAGACCAGUUGAUCAUGGCUUUGGUUGCACCAUCAUUUGUGAUGCCAGUCGAUGCUUGGACUUCUUCGUAGACAUGUAAUUCAUUGUGUGCUUUUAAUUUUUUGACAAAGAUCCGAUAUUAAAGAUGUAUUUAUUUUUUUCCGUCGUUGUUAUCUUUUACGUAUCAUCGUUUAUUAUUGUCGAUGCACAACAUUUAAAAUCAUCGGAAUGCAGUACACUAAAUAAAAUUACUGGAGAAUGUAUCAGCAUACGUCAAUGUAUUCCAUUGUUAGAACGACUAAAAGAAAAACCUCUUCGUCCAGAAACUAUUGACUAUUUAAAAAGCUAUCAUUGUGGUUUCGAUGGUCUAGAUCCACGCGUAUGCUGUCCUCCUGACAUUAAUUUACCUAAUCCAAAUUUGAAUCAAUCGUUCGUAUCAUCUUCAAAAGAUCCGAUUAGUACAUUAGAGAAUGUAGAUAAUAAUGACCCUAUCAUCAGAUUACUCGAUAAUCCUUUGUUACCAAGCGAAUGUGGGAGAGAUUCAAUAACUCGAGAUUUAAAAGCAGCAGCUACUAUCCCUGGCGAAUUUCCAUGGAUGGCACUAUUAGAAUAUAAGAACGGAAUAAAUAGAAGAAUUGUCUGUACUGGAAGUCUUAUUACUAAACGUUACGUACUUACUGCAGCUCACUGUUUCAGCAACAAAAGAAUUGGGAUAUUGUCGAACGUACGAUUAGGCGUAUACGAUCUGAGUUCAGCUAUGAAUUGCAAUGAAUGUGAUGACGUGGACAUAUGCUCUGAUGGUUCAAUCAGAGUUGGGAUCGAGGAAUCAAUCAAACAUGAACUAUUUAUAUCAUUUCAACAAGAUAUUGAUUACGAUAUCGGAUUAUUGCGAUUAUCAAGAGACAUAGUUUCGAAUGAUUACGUUAAGCCUAUUUGUUUGCCUAGAACUUCUAUAGUCAAUAAAAUAUUGUAUAUAGCUGGUUGGGGUGCAACUUUAACGAGUACAUCCUCAAAUGUUAAACUUAAAGUUUCGUUACCCCUCGUUGACAAAGACUAUUGCGCUAAAUUGUACAGACAACAAUGGAAUUUAACUCUAGGUUUUUUACAUAUUUGUGCCGAUGGUGAAGAUGGUAGAGAUGCAUGCAGCGGUGAUGGCGGUGGACCACUCAUGGGUUUUCAAGAUUUACCCAAUGGUGAUAAAAUAUGGACAGUCGUAGGAGUCGUAUCUUUUGGUCCUAGAUAUUGUGGCAUCCCUGGUUGGCCUAGUGUUUUUGUUAAUGUAUAUGAUUUAAUUCCAUGGAUAAUUAGCAAGAUAAGACUUUUUCUCAUUAGGUGUCACUUAAUUUUAAGUGACAAAGAAAUAUACACAAAGUUAUCGAGUAAUCGAAAAAUGUCUAAGAACUCAACCAUGUAUAUUUCAUUUUACAUCAUUCUCGCAACAUUGUUAUUCCUAUUGUGCACUAACACGAGUGCUCAGGAAAGCUGUUUCACGCCAAACAAUGUUAGCGGUAAUUGCAUUAACAUCAAAAAUUGCGACCCAAUAAUAAGAGCUUUGCAGAGUCAAAAAAAACCUUUGUCCAAAGAAAUGAUCGAAUUUUUAAAAGCGUUCCAAUGCGGUUACGAGGGUAAAGAUCCAAAAGUUUGCUGUCCUAGUCAAUCCAAACCAACUUCUACUCCUUCAAGGAAUACAACUCAGGAAAUUCCCGUUGCUCCGGAUAUAUCGAACCAUCCAAAUCUUCGAAUGUUAGACAUCAAUCUUUGUGGUCAGUCUAUUCAAACGAAGAUCGUUGGUGGAGAAGCAACUGGUAUCCUCAGUUAUCCAUGGAUGGCUCUUCUUUCAUAUAACACUGGAAAAAGGCAACCGGAAUUUCGAUGCGAUGGAUCUUUGAUUACAAAACGUUAUGUCCUUACUGCUGCCCAUUGUGUUACUUCAUUGCAAUCAGGUUCAUCGCUGAUUAGUGUUAGAUUAGGAGAACAUGAUGUUAGAACGGAACGUGACUGUGAAAUGGAUGGUAAUGUCGUAUUAUAUUGUGCAGAUAAAUAUCAAGAUUUUGGCAUUGAAAGUGUACAUUAUCACCCAGGAUAUUCGCAAUUAGAAAAUGAUAUUGCCUUGAUACGAUUAGAUAAAGAUGCUAAUUUGACAGUUAAUAACGUUAGACCGAUUUGUUUACCAAAUCAAGAUAUUGCUACGAUUCCGGAACAGCUAAUCGCCACAGGAUGGGGUGCAACAGAGAGAGGCAUAAAAAGUCCCGUCUUACUGCAAGUUCAACUGCCAGCAGUAGAAAUCCCACGAUGUCAAGAGAUUUACAGGAGUAGAAUUCAAAUUUCGUACAAACAACUAUGUGCCGGAGGUGAAAGAGAUAAAGACUCUUGUUCUGGCGACAGUGGUGGACCUCUUCAAUGGUAUGCAUUGUUCGGCAUGGAAACACGAUACGUUCAAUAUGGAAUUGUUAGUUUUGGAAUGAGAAAUUGCGGUACAACAGGUUUCCCAGGGGUUUACACUAAUGUUAAAUAUUAUAUGGAUUGGAUUUUAGAUACUAUUAGGGAUUAAUUCCAUCGCUGACAUAUUAUUUUAUACUUUUUUAUUCAAGCUUUAUUUUUAGUGAUAAUGCGAAUAUUGUUAUGAUAAAUAACAGGAAAUUAUUCCUCAUUGCCUAUUCAAUAUUUCACUUAUCAUUAAUGAGACUUAUCAUUAUAUAACGUACUGAGUAAUACAGAUCUGCCAAAUAAAAAGAAACGAAACAAAAAGAAACCACAUUUCAAUUACAACGUGAACGCAUUUGCUUCGACGUAUUGUUUGAACGUAUAGAUAUUUCACAAAUAUUAUUAUUUAAGUAUAUUUAUUUCUUAUACAAUGUAUACCAGUUUUUAAUUCAUAUAUAUCAUUACAAAAUUAUAACAUAAUAUAAUACUUCAUUAAUUAUUGCACUUAUUGUAAUGUACAAUAUAGUUAACAGCACAUUGACAGUCGACUUAUAUAAUAAAUACAAUUUAAAAGGAAA